GCAAUGAACAGGUUUGUUGAGCAUCAGAUGCUCACGACCUUUAAAGAGUUCCGGGCCGACUGUCAUAAACAUUUCAAAAAGUACAGCGACCCGGAGGAGGCUCGUGCCAACCCACCAAACGCAUUGGUUGGACGUGAUGAGGAUUGGCACUUCCUCUGCGACCAUUAUAUCAGCCGUGCAUUCCAGGAGCAAUCACGGACAAACAAGGCUGCUCGACAGAAGCAGCCUUACAAUCAUAGUAGCGGGUCGAAGUCGUUUCUACAACGACAGUAUGAGCUCGCUGAAAGAAGAGGGCAGCCGGUCGAUCGUGUGGAAUUGUUCCGGGAAACACACGUUCGAGCUGGGACAUUCGUGUCGCAGGCCGCCGAGGAUGCGCAUAAUCAAAUGCUGGAACUCCAAUCCCAGCCUACCCCAGAGGGUAGUCAGCCACUCUCUGAGGAUGAGAUAUGCGAUCAGGUGUUGGGUCGACGACCAGGCUACUCAAAAGGCCUUGGUUGGGGACCCAAGCCGAAGGCCCGCAGAACGGCAAGUGCAAGCAGUUCGUCGACAUCUUGUUCGCAGUCCACACAAAAAGAGAUUGAAUUACAAGCUAAACUUCAUGAAGCUUUGGAACGGAUUGAAGUACAAGAUAGAAAUCACCAAGCAUUAGCUUCACAAGUGGAAGCUAUGAAAAAGAUGAUUGAAGACCUAACUCGUGCACAACAGGGACCACCACAUGAUCCCUAGCCCUGCGGACCGAAGGUGUAGAAUGACGCGCAUACGCACCUCGUUGGGAGAUUGGGUCUUAUGUUUAUGUUUUUUGUAUAUUGAAAACUAUAUUUUCUUGUAAUCAACUUAUUCGUAUUAUUAAUUUUAAUUCUAUGUUUUAA